AUUUUAAAUUUAUUACAGAAGAAGGCCACGUCCUAAAAAUGUCGAGCUGAAGCGACAUCGGCUGCGCGGCUCACUCUUCUGCCGGCACCAAUGGGGGCGACGGAGCUGGCCGUCCAGGCUUUAACUCUAGCUUUCGCUCUCAUCAUCUUCCUGUACCUCCGCUCCGUUCCCCGUCAAGCCCUCUCCCGCCUCCGCCGCCUACGUCCCUCUUCCGCGGAGCCCCCCCGCCACUUCGUUCGCGGCGCUCAGCUCCUAGCCCGCGCUCGUGUCCACUCAUCUCCCUCCACCUCGCUCGCCCUCGCUCGCUCAGCCACCGCUGAAGCCGACCUUGCCAUCGCUGCUGAUCCCCGCGAUGCCGCCCCUCUCAUCCUCAAAGCUCUCGCCCUUGACCUCGACGGCCACCGCCUUCCUGCCCUCCGUGCUCUCGACGCUGCCCUCUCUCUCCAUACCAGUAAGUCUCUUUCCGAGCAAGACCGUGCUGAUGCACUACUCAAGCGUGCGGAGAUUCAACUAGCCCUUGUGGGCGGUAGGGGUGGGCGGCAUAAACGAAGGGUUGAUCUGGCAAUUUGUGAUUUGGAGGAUGUUUUGCGGCUUUGGCCUGAUAAUGGAAAGGCCAAGGUUUUUCUUGGGGAGUGUUAUGAGAAGAAAGGUUUGAAGGAGGAAGCAAAGGGGGCUUUUUUGGAGGCGUUAAAGGUUGAUGAAUCUUUGGUUUCGGCACAGGAGGGCUUGAAGAGGGUGUUGAAUGCAUGAAAGGGGAUGUCUUAUUGCUGUUCCUCUCGUUAAAAGCGGAAGGGAUAAGGAGCACCGAGGCGAGUAGUCAUGUUUGACUUGUAUAUCUUUUGAAUUAUAGUUUGGGAGCUUGUGCAGACUUUUGGGUCUGUACCUUUAUUCAUGUUGGAUUUAACAACUCUGUAUAAUUUAUGUGAUGAUAUGAUUUUCACGCUUCCAAGUAUAUGCAUGUGAAUGGAUUAUGAAAUGAAAUGUAUCAAGUAUAUUUGUG